AUGGGUGGCUGGGUAUCACGGCUGACCUCCCUGGUCUGGGCGAAGAAGGAGAUCCGCAUCCUAAUUCUCGGCUUGGACAAUGCCGGCAAGACUACUCUUCUCUACCGGUUGAAGAUUGGCGAGGUAGUCACCACGAUUCCGACCAUCGGCUUCAACGUCGAGUCCGUUACGUACAAGAACCUAAACCUCAAUGUCUGGGACCUAGGAGGCCAGACAUCGAUCCGCCCGGUACGCGCAGCCGCACCCCUUCUCCCCCGCAACCCCGUCUUCCAGAAUCUGUCCGUCACCGCAGAGCUGCGCACGCUGACAUCAUCGCUCCCGCGGCGCCUGCAGUACUGGCGGUGCUACUACAGCAACACGGCCGCCGUCAUCUUCGUCAUCGACUCGACCGACAUCGACCGGUUAGGCACUGCCGCCGAGGAGCUGGCCGCCAUGCUGAGCGAGGAGGAGCUGCGCGACGCCGCCCUCCUCGUCUUCGCCAACAAGCAGGACCAGCCCGGUGCCAAGGGCGCCGGUGAGAUCUCCGAGGCCCUCAAACUCGCCGAGCUGAGGGAUCGCAAUUGGAGCAUAGUGGCUUGUUCGGCCAUCGAUGGCCGGGGUGUGGAUGAGGGCAUGGACUGGUUGACGACGACUAUUCAGGCAGACAAUGCAUAG